AUGUGUACUCUGCGCAGUUUCCCCAACCGCAUCGAGCACACUAUUGCUUGGGCCAAGGAUCUGUUUCACACAUACUUCGCUGGCCCCGCCGAGAUUGUCAACGCAUACAUUACUCAGCCUGAUUACCUCGGUGCUGCACUAAAGCAGUCUGGCAACGAAAAGCAGACUCUCGAGACUUUGAAGGAGUUCUUGGUCACCGACAAGCCUGAAACUUAUGAGGACUGUGUUAAGUGGGCCAGAUCCCAAUUCGAGAAGCAGUACAACAAUGCUAUUCAGCAGCUUUUGUACAACUUCCCCAAGGACGCAAAGACAUCAAGUGGUCAGCCUUUCUGGUCGGGUCCCAAGCGUGCCCCUGAUCCGCUGAAGUAUGACCCCAACAACGAUACCCACUUCACCUUCAUCCUUUCCGCUGCCAACCUUCAUGCCUUCAACUAUGGUAUCUCCCAGAAGGGAGUCAAGGACAAGGCUGAGAUUGAUCAGCUCGUUGAUGACAUGAUCAUCGAGGACUUUAAGCCUGACCCCGGUGUCAAGAUCCAGGCCAGUGAGAACGAGCCCGACCCCAACGGUCCUUCGGCAUCAAUGGAUGACAACGACGAGCUCGACAAGAUUGCCAAGUCGUUGCCUUCGCCGAAACCCCUGGGUGGAUUCAAGUUGACUCCUGUUGAGUUUGAGAAGGAUGAUGACUCGAACUUCCAUAUUGACUUCAUCACGGCUGCCAGCAACUUGCGUGCUGAGAACUACAAGAUCGUGAACGCCGAUCGCCACAAGACCAAGUUCAUUGCAGGCAAGAUUAUUCCUGCCAUCGCAACCACUACCGCCUUGGUGACUGGUCUCGUGGUCCUUGAGCUUUUCAAGAUCAUCGACGGCAAGGACGAUAUUGAGCAGUACAAGAACGGCUUCAUCAAUUUGGCUUUGCCAUUCUUCGGCUUCUCGGAGCCCAUCGCCUCGCCCAAGGGCAAAUACCAAGGCAAGAACGGUGAGGUUGUUAUUGACAAGCUCUGGGAUCGCUUCGACACCGACGAUGUUACUUUGGAACAGUUCUUGAAGAACUUUGCCGAUAAGGGCUUGGAGAUUACCAUGAUUAGUUCUGGAGUCAGCUUGCUGUACGCUAGCUUCUACCCUGCUGCCAAGAACAAGGACAGGCUACCUCUCAAGUAA